GCGCCUUCAUCGAGAAGAGCAAGAAGAGGACGAGGAAAGAAGCUGCUCGUGGUCUUCGGCUGUUCGAAUCUCGCACGGACGACGCCCUUUUUUGCGAACCUUGCUGCGCAAGGACUCCCUCGUCGAGAUGAGGAUAGAAGGGGCCUCGCGGAUUGUGCAAAAGCGGACCUACGUGUCUCCUGGCGAGAUCAAAGCCGUCAUCGGUGCCGCGGCGCCCUUAUACCUGACGCCGCUUCUCGCCUUCGGUGGCGUGAUAUCCCACUGCAUGUACGUGCUGCUGCUGAUGGUGAUGUUGACUAUCCUGGAGACGCUGCCGCUGACCGUGAUCAGUCUCGUCCCCUCGGUAGCCGCAGCGUUCAUCGGCCUGGCCGACGAGUCAAUUCCUGAGGAGAUCGAUCAGCAGAUGGAUAAUGUGAGCAUGGUGGGCCUGCUGCUGCUGUACGUCGCCGUGGACCUGACGCCUCUGUGGACGCGCCUCUCGCUAUGGGUGCUCAGUUGGCGAGGCGCGCCUGUCAAGCCCCUGUUUGCGGGACUCAUGGCGGUCGCCUUCGCUGCCUCGUUGUUCCUGCCGGGCGCGUUCGUCACGCUCGUGCUGGCCGCCUUCAUCAACCGUAUCAUGCACAACAUAGAGGACCACGUGGUCGAAUGCCAGCACGUGCGCUCUCAGAGACAAGCCUCGCGUCAGUAUUCGUUGGGCGCACGGAUGCCGGGCGUCGGCCCCUCACAGCCCAGGAACAUGUCCCUGUCGCAGCCGGAAAUCAGGCGCUCCAUUUUCAAAAAGCUCAGACCCAAGCACCGAGAGAACUCGGCAACCUCGCUGCUCGAACACUCCCUGAUAGCCCCUCUGACAAUCCUGCCCGGGAUGGCGAGUGCCCCUCCUCCAACGGCGGUGACGAUACGAGACGCUGGCAGUACCGCGUCGCCUAGAAGCGGGGCACCCACUGGCAGUGGGCCCACAAGCGCUUCGCCCACGAGGGGUGCGUCGAUGGACGGCGCCCCUACAAGCGGUGCACACACGAGCAGCAGUACGACUACGAGUAGUACGGCUACCAGCGGUGGGCCUGCCAGCAGUGCCCAUCCAAGCGAUGCACCUCCAAGCGCUUGGCUUACAAGCGUCGUGCAUACUGAGGGUGCCUCUACUAGCGCUGCCCCUACUGCCGGUGCACCUACCAGCGUGGGUGCAGCAGACCCCGAGCACCAACAAUCGACACCAUCGGCGCCGAUGCCAUCGUCCGUGCAACAGGCCACGCCCAUGACCUCCCCGCCUACGGGCGCGCCCCUGAUCGUGCCCAUGAACGCUCCGUCGCCGUUCAGCGGGAAGUCGCGGGUGACUCCGAGACCCUCGGCGGUGCUCCUCAGCGACACCUCGCUGCCCACGUCACCACUAAAAACGGUUUUCAAGCCGUUCGGCUCUAAAUCGCGCGUUCGUGGUGGCAUCGUCUCGGAGAUCGACGUGCAUUUGGCCGACAUCGAGCCUGGAAAGCCGAGCAAGGCCAUUUCGGCAAAAAGUGCGUUCACCGCACUGCACAAGGCGCUGAUUGUUGGCGUCGUCUACACCAGCAUCGUGGCCAGCGAGUGCAGCUACAUCACAGGCCGCACCACGCGCAUUCUCGACGACGAGUUCAGAAGCCGGGAUAAAGAGAGCCCCAUGACGACCAUGGUGUUCCUGUUCUUCAUGUUUCCCAUGUCCGCGGUCACCGUUGUCAUCUUCUGGGCCUACAUUUACCGCCUUUAUCUCCGGCAGAUUGACAAACAACUGGACCAAGAAUACAAUCUCGCCAUAAGAGACAUCUUCCUCAAGAAACGCAAGGCCAUGGGCGCUGUCACGAAGCCAGAAAUGAUUGCUGUGGUGAUCUUCGUGGCAUUCGUCCUCACAUUCGCCUUGAACGCGAUUGGUCACUUCGACAUUACAUAUACGAUGAUGACGUACGUGCUGGUGGUGCUGGUGAUCGGCGUUCCUAGGGAGUUUGGCAACCCGUUCAUGGCCGACAUGAGCGUCACGUGGCCCCUCAUCAUGGCACACAUGCCCUGGGACAUGAUCAUCAUGCGUAUAGGAGGCAUGGAGCUCGCGCACUUUUCCCGGGCGAGUGAUGUCUGGCGUGUCGACGUGGAUCAUCGACAAAGUACUGGUGGGCAACUUGCGCAUGAUGUCGCCCUUUUGGUGCCAGCUCGUGUUGCUGGCCACCACUGCCGUGCUGGCGGAGUUGGACACGUCCUUCGGGUUCGGCAGUCGCGUGGUCCCCGAUAUGCUGCAACUGGCGGACGAGCUCCAUCAGAACGAGCUGUACUUGGCGCUGCCCGUGGUGAUGCAGUCCUCGUACGUGCUGCUCAUGCCCUACACAAGGAUCUCGCUCAUCUUCAUCCACCAGUACACCGAUAUCGAAUACACCGAGCUGCUCGGGCUGUCCGUAUUUGUCAAGGUGGUCUCCAGCAUCUGCCUCAUUUUCUUCAGCAAUACCCUCAACCUGAGUCUUCCGGCCCGGACCGACCUUUUGACGGUCGCAAAUGCGACCGCACUGUGAACCUCAAUUUUCAUUUUUUUUUCCUUUCCUCGCACGAUCCAUCAUUUCCUCCUGUUCCGUUCAUCCGGACGCGCAAUAUUUAUUACUUAAUACGGCUCGUACAUAAUACCGUCGCAUUCAAAUCCCGCAGUUCCAGCGAUUAUAUUGGUAGCGGCCUGUUUGAAAGUGCACGAGACAUCUGGACGACAGAUACGCGCAAUGUUGAGCGACGUGAUUUUUAACGCUAAAGUGUGUUUUCUUCUUGACCUAUUAUUGCUUCGUAGUGCUGUUGCAAAGCUCUGUUCAUGUCAUACCAGUGCCUUUGACGAGACUCUUGCAAGACACGAAACUUGUGAUAAGUGCAUGCAUCGUCUUACCAAAACUGAUCAGUCACCACGGCCUUGUGAAGGCGCUUCUUUUUCAGCAGCGGGUGCUUUAUCAUUCCGCUCCUUUCACGCUGCCUUACGACGAAUAGGUUCUGUGAUGCAAGUCUUCCACACAUUCUAAGACAUUGUAGACCUGUGGUGAUCUUUAACGACAAACAAUUUCUUUCGUGCAUAUUGGCUGCAGGGCAGCUCCACACAGCCGCACCUCGUUACAUAGUCCAUCACUCAAUUUCAGUGUCGAAGAUCGGGGACGCAGACAAAAUGAAGUGAAUAUUUUUGUAGCACGGUGGCGCGAUACCAACCUAUAAAUACCACUAAACGUUCAGUUAUUGGGAAAACUAUUUUUUUUUUCGCUUUGCUCUGAGGAGAAUCAGGCGUGUGUGCGACAGUCAAUGACACCACAUCUAACCCUGGCGCGUGUGACAUCCUAUGAGUAGUGGAUUUAUGAAUUGCUUCUGCAAGGAUUUCGUGACAGCAAUAAAUUGGCAAAACAACUUGAGUGCUCUUACCUGUAUUUCUCCUCGAAAUAUUCGUAGUCAAUUUAAACCUCUGAAACUUUAGGCAUUCAUACUUUUAAAAACGCAGGAAGAUCAGUCGCCGUAUCAACGUUCCUAGAUAAAAUUAUUUCUAGCAAAAUCUCAACAAAUUGCGUAACUGGGUGAAGCCU